CUGAUAUGGUAGGACAGAUCUAGUUUUGUGCCUUCUAAAUUCCAUACAACCAAUACGUUCAAUACUUAAUUCCGCAUUCAUGUGGAGAUUGACGUUCCGCUAUUCUCUUACCUAUAAAAUCUCAACUGCACAAUGACAGACAAGUGUUCCUAUCAUGUCACUGUAUCAAUAAAACGGAUUUGCCUAAUCGAUUCUCGAUUGGCGAGAUAUUAAACCAAAUAGUAGUUACCAACAGUGGGUGGAUGUCUAAACGACCUUGAAAGAACUGUGAACUGAAAGCAAUACGUAGGUGGCUUAUUGCAUCAUGGAUUUAAGUCAUUUACACACUAUUAAUCAGUAUGUUUCAAAAAGCAGCUCAUUAAUUAUUGCCACUCUCAUGACCUUAUGAAACGGUGUAUCCAUGUAACGAAAAAUCACAUAAGCACAUUUAUCAGUCGAACAGUUAAAAUGAACAACCCUAGUUUAAGGCAGACGAAUAUAAAUGUCAGUGUACGUGGUGGGUCACGAGUUCGAAUCCAAAGGUCUCAGUCACCACAAGGAAAGAUUAAUUUGUCAUAUUUUCGACACGGGUCUGUGUCUCCGCCACGAAAGAUUGAAUCCAAUUACAAGGACAAUACAGCAUCACAAACAAGCUGUGUGCGACGUCGACACAGUCUAGUGAUACAAAGAAAAUCUCCAAGUCCCAUCACAAAUUCAUACAACAGGAUUAGCAUGUAUCAUCAAAACAAAAAAACCACCCCUACAAAUGAACUCGAAACAGACAUAAAUAUGACGCGUACAAAUAAUUUACAGAUAAUAAACAGCCAAUACGAAAAAUCAAUUCGCCAAACAGCUCUCACCCCAUAUGCUAAAGGUAUUUCAAUAGUGAUUGGCGCAACUAACUCAGCUUCCAAUGAAACACCAGACAGAAAGCUGUUAAGAGAUGACUCAUUUAAUUUAAAUUCAGUCUCGCCAUUAGGCCGUAUUGGAGAGCCAGGAUUAUACGACCUUGGCAUACCGGUCGAUAGCAGUUCAGUUUCUCUCUCUACUAGUCAGACUGACAAUUCUAGCCUUAAUUUUUCUGCCCUACCAUGUUUGUCUAUAACUACAAAGCCUAUUGUACGUUGUCCUGUCUCAAAUUCACAUUCAAUUUCCAUUUCCGUUAACGGUAAUGCUGCUUUAUUAUUGAACGGGAAUAAUGACAGUUCUUAUUCAUUUUAUCCUAAAUCAACUAGUGGACAGACUACAAUAACAAGUUUACGAAAUAAAAAUGUUACUUUAAACGACCGACCACCACUACCUCAUUCAGACAUUAGUUGUGUUAAAAAAAGUAUUGCUGUAGUGCGCAUUUCCGCUACAAAUUCAGCAAGAGUAUUAAGCAACUUACCUCCUAGGAGUCCUAUCAACGUUAUCAGUGUUCGAAAUCCUCCAGAGCCAUUACAUUCCUAUAGUUCAUAUGAAAAUUUACUGUCUAAUGGGGCUAGACGUUUCAGCUUGAUUGAUCAAAAUCCUGAACGUGCUAAUCUUCGAUAUCGAAGUGUUUUAACGAACGUCUUAUCCCCUAAUUCGUCCCAGAGGUUUUUCCAUUCCUCUUGUGAUCAUUACAUCGAAGCAAUGCCCAAUGCUCAGUCUAUGGGGAUCGAAGAUAUAAAAACUAAUUGUGCCCCACAGGCUCGAUUAGCAAAGCCUACCAUGGUUAGUAGCACUACUGACUUCAAUACCCAAGGACAGAAUGAUGAUUUAAGGACUCUGCUGAACUCUCGAAACCCAAGAAAUAACGACUCACCUGUACGUCGGAAUAUUCCACCUACUGGGAAUAAAAUUUCAGGAUCUAAUACUUCAGAUCAACUGAAAAAUAUCCGUUCUAGUUUUUCUGGAACUCAUAACCAAAAUUAUUUCCGGAUACAAAUACCUAGCACACGUGCAAUAUCUCGACCAAAGGGAUUUGCAAUGACGGAUAGUUUAAAAUUGUAUGAAGAACAAAUUUUCAGUCAUUGUCAACCUUCUCAACGUCCUCAGUCAUGGUGUCUAGAUUUCGACCAACCACGAGAUGAAAAUAACCUGGUGGAUGAUUCACAUUCUAGUUCUCCAGCGUCUACUGUGUCUUCAUCUUUUUCUUCCUCUUCAUCAGAUACUUCCCAAUUACUAUCUCAGAACCACACGGACCUUAGAAGGAUAAGGAAUGUCCCUUAUUAUACUCCACCUGUGCACCCACGAAACUCCUCAAGAUCUUAUCAUCAAAAUGCUCCAGUUGUGACGUCGUCUACUGGAUUUGUGGCUAGUGAAGCUACAACUCCUACUAGUGGUGCACCACUUGGUUGCCAUUUAGCGGAACUAGCCAAAGAACCUCAUUCAAGUCAGAAAUGCCAUAAUAAUAAUAAUAAUAACUAUGCACCUGUCAAGCCAGUUGAUGAAGUUAUUUCUUCAAAUGAAGUAAUUAAUCAUUGCCUCAAUACACGAAAUUCUCAUUUCAAUCAUUCUGGUGUUAUAUAUUCCAAUGCACAAUCAGAGUCAAUUCAGACUAACUCCAGUUAUGAUACAGUACGUCCAAUUAAUUUAUCACCAGCUAAUCUAAGAUCGAACUUUUUAGUAAGUCGACCAAGUUUACCUCUGGAAACUGGUGUAAAUGACGAUCGAAUUUCUCAUGUCCACUAUCCUCGUCAUCAUUCAUGUGAAGAAAAUUAUUCACAACCUACUUCUGAAUAUAGAAAGUUAUCACUGAUUAAUGGAUCAUCUCAAUUUAUUGGUGAUAAUAAUAAUAAUAACAAUAAUGCUCAAGAGCAUUUCUCUCCUUCACGGCUCACACCAUCACCUAUAAUUUUUUCACCUGUUAGUGAUCGUUCAGACAAUAACAGUACUGCGAUACCACCAUCUUUGUUGGACAAUCAUCAAAAUAUAAUCGCUUCUCCUAUUAUACCUCCAUCUACAACUACUUCUUCGAAUAAUUCAGAUGUUGACCCAAUUCAUAGAUCAGAUGGACAACAGCAGAAUAGUAGAUCAGUUUCUCCAAUAUGUAGUUCUCUCUUAUUACCUCCACCUGUUCCAUGGAAUUUGGAUUUAACAACAUCUGAAGUAAAUGAAACAACACCAAGUUUAUUUAUUAAUAAUAGUAAUGACAUAAUUUUAAAAAAUGAUUAUUACCAAAGUAAAAUAGAUAUUGGAUAUAAAUUUAAUGAUGGUUUAUUUAAUGGUGACACUACACAACAACAUGCUUGUAAAAAUGUCAAUAAUAAUAAUCAUUCGAGAUGUCGAAGUAAAGAUUCACUUCUUUCAGAUGAUAUAAACUUUUUAAAUAAUUCAUCCAAUAUUCAACAUCAUUAUCAAAAUUAUGAUAAUAAACCAUUUGGAUUAUUAUCACCAACUCAUCAUUUAGAUUUUGAUAGUUUUGGAAUUUCUGAAAUGACUAAUAGUAAUACAUAUGCUUUUAGUACAUUCGAUUCAGAUUGUCUAGCAUGGAUGCGUUUAAGUGUAUAUGAUGUGACAAAUCAUUUAACUGAAGAUAUGAAUAAUUCAUCAGAAUUACAAUUACCUAAUUUGGAUACAUUAUCUCGACCAUGUGUUCAUCAUUGGGUGGAUAUAUUCAACUCGAAUCCUUUAGGUUUACGAUUAAAUUUUGUGGAUGAUUCUUGUCGACUUGCUGGGACUUUGCGCAUUUAUAUUAAUCUUAUUAAACCGGUGAAAAUGUCUUUACGACGUACAUUGGAUAUGUUUCCAUCAAGUGCAACAGCAUCACCCGAACCAAAUAGUCCAACUAAAGUAAAUUUAAAUGAAAAUGGGGAUGAGAAUAAUGCUGUACCAACACCACCACGUUUAGUUUCAUUUUUCCUACCAAGAGGUACUUCAAAAGUAGUUUAUGUGACAAGUUCUACAACUUCAGCUAACGCUAUUCAAUCGUUGUUAGAUCGAUUUCACAUACAAGAAUCUGCUCGUAAAUUCGCGUUGUAUGAACAUACUUUAGAAGGUAGUUCAAGUGAGUUGGGUGAUAUUUCUUUUAAAAAGUGCUUUUUUACACUUCGUUUCUGUAGGUAGUGAUUUUUCUCAUUUAUUUUCUAGUGAUUUAAAAAGUUUUCUUCUCUGAUACUUUUUAAAGGUCGGGUUUGUCUUCUAAUUUUUCAAUAUUGUCUCUGCAUGUUCUGACAAAUUUAUUUCAGUUGAAGUUGUUCUUACCUUACAUUAUUAUAUCGGCGAUUAAGGAAAUUAACAAAAUGAGAAAUAAAUAAGAGUAAAUAAUAUCAACUUCCUUGGGAACAUCUGAAGAUGCGAAACCUAAAAUUACUGAAUGAGGAAGGGGACGAAGAAUUCAAAGCAUUGGUGGGGGAAUAUUUGAAGCUUAGUUGGAUGAUUUUCGUUGAGUUUCGUCCUCUAAGUUAGACUACUUAGCUCUCGAGUUUUCAUUGUUCUUCUGAAUGACAUCAUAAACAAAUAUAGGACCAAUAAUAUGAGAUUAAAUGGAGAGAUAAUCAAAGUAAAAGCACGGACGCAGACAAAUUAAAGGUCAACAAUAACUUACCAGGAUUUAGGUCGACAGAACAAUCUGCUACCCAUAUUGUGAUGUUUGCUAUUUGUGUCUACAAAAAUAGGUAGUAUGUAACACCGAUUGAAAGUGGAAAGCGUGGCAGCAGAAGGCCAAGAAGAUCGAGUUGAAGAAAAUAGAAAGGAACUGUGAACUGAAAGAAUCCUACCGAAUGUGAAGGACAAAUGAUAAAAAUUUGCAAAUGAAGUAUUCAAUGUUCUCAUAUUGUACUAAGAUGUUCUGUAAUUUUGUAUUAAAAAUGUGAUGAUUGUCCCCAACUGUGUCCUCGUUCACAACAAUAUGUGGAGAAAUUCAAAUACUUCACUUCUACCUGAUGAUGUUGUUGAUAAGGACAAGAAGAAGACUUUUUUUAAAUGUAUAAAUAUUUUUCUAUUUUGUUACAUUUUAUAGUUAGCGCUCGAAAACUUUCUACAAGUGAAUGUCCUCUUCUAUUAUUAUUAAAUUGGGUACGUAUAAGUACAAAUCGCGAACAAUUUUUAGAAUUGUUAAAACAAAAACGUAUUGUACUACAAGAAAAUGAUGCUUGUGAUAUAGAGUGGAAAGACUUUACUACAGCAGAAUUAACAAAUUUCCUACGUAUACUUGAUAAAGAGGAAUGUGAAUAUCGUAAUGCUAUACUAUAUCAAUAUAAUUUGUUGCGUAAUCAAUUAGAACAACGUAUGAAACAAUUGGUAGUUACAAAUCACGUUCGUCAUCAUCAUCAUCAUCAUUCUCAUCUUCAUGAAUCAAAUGAUGUUAUUGGGGAUUUUCUACCAGUAGACAAUAAUAAUAAUAAUAAUAAUA